AAGGAAAAGGUGACAUUUUGUUUAUGAUUAUAUCUUCUGAGAAGUGAAUGGUGAAAUUUCGCAUCUCUUGGAGUGUAAAAGUGUAAACUGUGAUCGGUGAGCCAAAAUGUCUCAUACAAACCAUUCAACACAUUUACGAGGAAUCAUUAUGAAGAAUUCUUAUUUUUCCCCUUUUUUGUGUUCAAAGCGAAUACACAAAACACACAUAUAUCGUUUUUCUGUGAAUUUUCAUAUUUGUAGUACAGUAAACUGCGCAUACAUCAUCAUUUUUAAAUUGUAGUGUUUAUGAAUAGGUUCAGGUAAAAAAAUAUAUAUACUUUAUGUUUGGAGUGAAAUUGAGCGAGAAGGAGAAAGAAAACGCGCGCACUCACUGUCUCUAUCACUUGUUUGCUGUGGGCCAAAUUCAAAGUUACGGAUCACAUGUUACCAAUGCAACGCAAUGAUAUUUGAGUAUUUGUGUGCGUGUGUUCGUAUGCGAUCAACAAGUAACAACCACCUUCUAAUGCGUUUGCAUGAUCCGCGCAGUGUAUGCUAUGCUAGCAGGCAAGCAAACAAAGAGCGAGAAAGCAACGCAUAAGAAUAGAAUAAAUAGCCGAAAUUUUUUUAUGUCACGCAUGUAGGACAAAGACAUCAACACAAAGAAAUGGAGAGAAGAAAAAAGAUGGGGAGAUAAAGAGGGAGAGAGAAAGAACGCUCGGUAAGUUUCAGAGCAAUUAAUUUGUUCCGACGUAGUUGCAGUCCUGCACGCACUUCAUUACACCAACACAAGCGAAAAACGAAAAUCAAAUUUUAUGACCUUUUUUAUUGGUAUCUUUUCAAUACAUUCAGACGUGUAUGUUCUGAAUUGCCCCGAGAUCUAGGUACUACAAUAACAAAAACGGUCGUCCAAUGCAGCCGAAAUCACUUGACGUUCGUAUGUGUGCGUAUGUGUAUUUUUGUUCGUCUAUUUGUGUCGGUUUCUUUUUGUACGCAUUCAAUUUCGGUAACGUAGAUGUGAAAGAGAGACAAAUUUCUAUGCAUUUUUCUAUGAACACACAAAGCCAUUUUCUAAUGUGUUCCAAUCGUACACACUCUUGGGAUUUUGUAAAAAAUAUUGUAUAUUUUGCUCAUCAUAGCUCUAGCCGCACCGAAUAUGUAUUAGUUUCAGUUUUCUUAUUCUAUUAGUACUCGGUCUAUCUUAACUUUAAAAAAAAAACUCACAAAAACCUAUCGUCUUUGUUAAUCUACAAGCAUUUUUAUAAUCUAAUGAAUUUCAUAUUUCGUUUGAGUUUGAUUUGUGUUUUACCAGUGGUGUGAAUAAAAACGGUGAAAAAUUGUGAUUUUAUUUUGAUCUAUUGAAAAAAGGAGUUCAAAAACAAGUGAAUACACAAUGCCGAAUAUUGAAUGUGCUGUAUGUUCAGAGGAAUUUGGCCAACGAAAUGACACGAGAGACAUAAUCAUAACCCCAUGUGGGCAUGUAUACCAUGAACCAUGCCUAUCAAAAUGGCUUCAAUUUGGUACCAAAUUGGAUGAAGCGCCCAGGACAUGCCCUGAAUGCCGUCAACCGGUUUCAAUGUCAGCAACCCGACGAAUUUACUUUAAUUUUUCGACGGUCAUUGAUAAUUACUCGGAACAUAUCAACUAUUUAAAUUCAGUUGUUUUAGAGAAAAAUAAUAAACUAUACAUAACGCGAAUGCAAUUGAACAAUAUCGAAAGUGAAUAUAGCAAUCAAUUGCGCACGAAAUCGCUAGAGGUGCAAGGUCUUACGGAAAAACUGCAACAUCUCAAACUAGAAUAUAACAAAUUAAAACACUUGAUGUGCAAAACACAAGAUCAGCCGAAGCAACUCCAAGAAAAAAUUGCAAAACUUAAAAUGAAACUCAAAGAAAGCAAACACAAACCAUGUUCAACGUGCCAGGCUAGUUGCAGAGUGAAUUUAAAAGAUGCCACCACAUCAUCGAAUGUAAAUGAAAAUAUGUUCAACCAAACGCCACAAUUCAAUCCAACCGAAGCGAUAGCCGUGAAUCAAAUACGUACCAUGCAACCAAACAACUGUGAUCCAUCGACAUCGAUAUUCAAUCAAAAUUUGUACAUGGCACAAUCAAGUAGAACGCCAACGACAAUUCCAAAUCCUUUAGAUUAUGACAUCAAUACAAUCAACACAAUUAACACAAACUUUCGUUCGAUUCGUCAUCCUUUGUCACAAAGUGCAUAUAUGAGCACAAAUCCAAUGCAAACAUUUGGUUCGAUGAUAGCUCCCAUUCAACCGGCACACGCAACACAAACACCGCAACAGCAACACUUCACCUACAGUCAAACGAAUUUUUUCUUACCUAUUCAAACAACCAACUCAAUAAAUACCACAUACUUCAAUCCCAACGAUCAAACACACUAUAUUGGAUAAUAAGACUCGCAAAUCCAACACUACACAAUUUAAUCACAAACAUUUUUAGAAUUUAAUUUAAUGUGCAACAGAAAAUAGUACAAAAUCUAGAGAAUUAUCGUUCAAAUCUCAGGAAACUAUGACAGACAUUAGACUAAUUUUAUAUAUAUAUUUGGCAGUUGUUUUAGCGAUAAUGAAAAUCAAAAACAUUUAAAUAUUUUUCAAGUGCUAAUAAGUGCUUUGAGUAGCCAAUACUCUCUAAAACAGAUGAUAAAAAAAAAAUUAUUUGCAGUGAAUAGAUUGGGCUACAGCUAUAGCAGUGCUAUUUUCACAGCUCCUAUUCAUAGGUGCUAUUUGUGAACAACGCAUAUGGACAGCGAUUUUAUGAUACAUUCCGGACAUAAUAUAAGAUAAGUCUAUUGUUCUAUUUACAUUUUGAAUAUUUCGUUCGGAAUUGUAUCAUAAAGUCGCUGUCCGUAUGCGUUGUUCACAAAUGGCACCUAUGAAUAGGAGCUGUGAAAAUAGUACUGCUAUAGCUGUAGCCCAAUCUAUUCACUGAUUAUUUGUAGCAAUAACGUCCGAUACCGGAAACGAUUUUUUAAUCUAAAAUAAACGACAAAAAAUAAGUUUAUCGUUAUACAUUUACAGCAUUCAUCAGAAAAUAUGAUAAGACAAUAAAUUAAUUUUUGUUCAUAUUUCCAUGUGAUCUUUUCUAUAUGCAUAAUUAAAGAAGGAUGUCAAUUUUUCAUAUAACGAGUGAUCCUGGGCAUUUUUAUGCAAUUUUAUUUUUACAUGUGAAGUGUAACAAUAUAAAAAUGCAUAUAAAAACACUGGUUCACUUUUUGGCAUUGUUAUUUGUUUUUUUAAUUAUUAUUUUCAUUGAUUGCUGAAAUGGACGGAAAACUCAGUUCAUACUUCGAUCUUUUUCUUUUGAUAAAAUUACCUUUUUAAGAUAUCUAUUUGAGACAAGAUUUUCAUAUGCCAGUUGACUAAUUUCAGGAACAAAAAUAGUGAUAUUGGUUCGGGAUGAUGUACGUCUCAAAGUAGCCGCAUAUUAUAGAGCAGUAUAGCUCAUUUAGGAUAGAAUGGUCGAAGAACCUUUUGUUGUUGCUUAGAAUCAAAAUGGAUCUUUUUUUUUUAAGAAAAAACAAAAUGUUAUAGACUGAUGAGCCACAUAUGAAAUGAAAAAACGCGAUAUUUGCGACUCAGCAUUUAAUUUUUAUCGCAAAUAUUCACACCAAUCUAAUUAAGAAAAGACUAAAUAAAUAUGAUAAAUAAAUUGUAAAUCAUAAUAAGAUUUUAUUUUUUCAAAUUAAAAAACCAAACGAAUCUAUAA